AUGAGCCUGCUGUUAUCGAUGACGAUACCGAGAAUCGAUGACAAUUCUCAUGAUGUGAACGAUACUGGCGACGUAAACAAUUCUGACGACGUGAACGAUUUUUUCUCAACUGAUGUUAUCGUCAACGAGAACUAUACCCAUGUCACCUUUACCUUUCUAAGCACAUCGCAGAAUACCGUUACUCCAUACGCCACGAGUCUCCUCAAUCAAUUAUUGUAUAUUGGACGAAUAACUGAUGCAAUGCUACCUUGGAACACUGGCAGACCACUUGUAGUUCCACUUAAUAGGAUUGUGCAACCAUAUUUUGUCAGUUUAUCCCAACAAAGAUAG